GGCCGGGCCGGCGCUUGUCGCUGGGAGUCAUGAGCGGGGGUGGCCCCGCGCUCCCCGGCCGCAGCGGAGCGGCCGCGCUGCCCAGCGAGAGGAAUCGGGAGGCGCUGGCGGUCAGUUCCCCCAUUCAGCCCAUCAUAAAGGAUGUUGGGGAAAUCUAUUCAAGACUGCUGGAUCACAGACCAGUAAUUCAGGGAGAAAUACGUUACUUUGUUAAAGAGUUUGAAGACAAGCGUGGCCUCCGAGAACUGCGAGUCCUAGAAAAUCUGAAGAACACCAUCUUUGAAGCGAACGAGCACGUCCUCCCAAAGUGUGAGCAGGCGAUGCACGGCGCUUUGACUGAAACGCUCAAGAGAUUGCAAGCUGCCAAUAAUAUGAUCCAGAGAGUCCAAGAGAAGGAGCAUGAAGCAAGGAAGCUUCAUGAGGACAAGCUGCUGGCUCGUGAGGAGAAGCGUGUAGGCCACUGGGAGGAAUUCAUGAAGGAGCAACAAAACAAACAAGCAGAGGUAGAUCAAGAGCACAGAAAAGCCAUGGAGCAUCUCAAAGAGCAGUAUUCUGAGAUGGAGAAGGAGCUGGCCAAAUAUGUUUCUUUUUAAGACUUUUCUUUUUUUAAUGAUGCGGAAUUUGUACCAACACUUAGUUGCUUCCGACCUAGAUUGAGAUUGUUUUGGAAAGCUGAAGCCUAAGAAAAAUGGAGAAUUUCCUCUGCAGGUUUGGUACUGGAAGAAAAGGUUUGCAGACUUUCCAACUUCAAGUGCCUAUCGAUGCUUGUUUUGUUCAGGGCAGGUGGAACACCAGUCUUUCUUUGCUUGUGGAAAGGUGGAACUGGAAAUGACAUUGUGUGAAUACAUCAGCUCAGGGAGUUGCAAACUGGAGUUCUUUCGACCUGCAGAAGGGAUUGUACCAUUUGGGAAAGCAGAGACUAAUGUUACAUUAACUAUCUUAGGGUGCAGCCACAUCCCUUUCCCAAAAAGUAUGUGUAACAGGUUCCAGCCAUAGCUGGAAUUUACUGGGAACAGUGUAAAUCUCAUUCAUAGAUUUCAGGAAAACUGACUUGUUUUCCAGAAUGUUUGAAGCUUUAGUAAUGAAAUAUCUCAGCAGAGGUUUAAAUCCAGUUGUAAUUCUGACUUUUGGGUUGUACCUUCAGUUUUGAGUUGAGAUUUGAAUGAGUUUUCUUAACACAAAAACAGCUGAGUGAGCUUGAACAACUCUUUUCUCUCCCUCUGAACGUCUCAGGCCUCUCUUUCUAAGCUUUACUGUUCUAAGCAAAGCCAAAACAAGCUCAAUAUCAAUCAGGAGAAGCAUAUCAGUCUUUGUAUUAGCUUUGAGGCUAGUACAGUAUUUACCUUAACUGUUUGACGUGCCAUUCAUUUACUUAGGGUAAGCUUGUCAGAACUUCAUAAACUAAUAAGGAAGGAUUUUUGUUUCUUUAUCACCAGAACAAAUGAGCAGAUUAGUGGUAAAAUGCCUGUAAAAAUAACCUGUUUUCUUACUGUUACAGGGCAUGUGAAAUUCCUGUGUUGCUUGCUUUUAUUUAAAGCUUGCAGUUAACAGUGGUAGAAAGGAAGACGUUCAUCAGCUCGUUAACCAAGCAAAGUGAAACACAGUGCGCUAAUGAAAUUUGCUGCACGCUAACUGUUAGCACAGGAAAUCUCUUUCCAUAAUUUAGCUGCUGUCCAAUGUGGAAUGGAAACAGGUGAAAAUAAACAGAAUUUACCCUAAACCUGUGCUGCGACGGUAAUAUGCCAACAGUGGCUGCUUGUGUAAGUUCAGAGCUUGGCAUCAAGGCUCUAUUCCUGGCAGCAUGUUGAUAGUGUGGUUAAAGGUAGUGGAGGGGAGAUGGAAUAAGUAUUUGAAAUUUUUUUUUUCAAUAGCACUGAAUUCCUGCCAAGCUGCUUUGCCUGCUACUGUAGAUUCAGCAGCUUCAUCAAUCAUCAGUGUGUAUCUGGACUGGAAAGAGGACUUGCCAGCACUGGGACACGCUGGAAUGCUGUUAAUUCUCUUUUCUGAAUGGAAAAGUACAUUCAUGUCACAAAAGCACCCCACACACGAAAAACAAGGCAGCCUGUUUUAGAACAACUUCUAUUUGAACAGAAAGUGACUUUUCUAAUAUUUUUCAGCGUAUGCACCUGUGAUAAAUGUUGCAAUGAAGCUUAGAGUUUGAUUUAGAAAGAAAAAGAUGGGGUUUGCCUGUCUUUAGAAUUGGGUGUGGACUAGUUUUAAUCAUUUUGAGCUGAGACUGCAAAUGACUUCUCCCUUACCAGAUGUAUAAGUGCUCAAAGCCCAAAUAUCUUUCUAAGAAAAAAUGCAUUUAACUGCAUACUGAAUUAAUUUUUAUUUUUGCACUGAUGUUUUUUAUCGAGACUAUCUAAUAAACUGUGCAAUGGAGCUGUAGACUUUAGGAUCUUGUCACAUGGGUGGCUCUUAAGUGAUGAUAUGAGUGUUGCAAGUUGGAUAUUCACUGGAGAAUAAAGCAGUAUUUACAAACUCUUCUGGUAUGUG